UAUAUGCUCGCUUGUUUAACUCACUCGCAGGGCGGUUGAUACCACGAGGAUGAAGUUAGAAGUCUGUUCUUAUAGUGGCUUCAAGGUAUAUCCAGGCCAUGGUAAACGUGUUAUUCGUAUUGAUGGCCGUGGGUUUUAUUUCAUUAACUCUAAAUGCGAACGAUCACAUUACUUAAAGCGUAAUCCACGUGAGAUCAGUUGGACUGUGCUUUAUCGAAGGAAGUAUAAAAAAGGCAUCAGUGAAGAAUUGACUAAAAAACGAACUAAACGUGUCACCAAAAGUGCUCGAGGUAUUGCUGGUGCAAGUCUAGCUGAAAUUAUGGCUAAACGUAAUCAAAAGCCGGAAGUUCGUAAAGCAAUGCGUGAUCAAGCUAUACGUGCAGCUAAAGAAAAACAAAAGCAAAAAGAAUUGGAGAAGAAAGUAAAGAAGGUUGAAAAGAAAAAACCACAAGUAGCUCCUUCAAAACAAAAAGCUACAAAGAUUACUCAGAAGGCAGCUCCUAGAGUUGGUGGCAAGCGUUAAAGUACAUGUGUAACAUAUUAUUUCAUGGAAUAAAUCUUUUGAAUUUG